AUCCAGUGUGCCCACUGGCCCACACUAAGAGAGGUAAAUAAUUGAAGGGCAGGUCACAUGAACCAGCCUGCGUCACAGGAUGCCUUCCCUGCCGGCUCUGGUUACGCCCCAGAUCACACUGACAUCCCUGCUGGUAAAUUAUUAAGUGGCUACCUCCUCCAAGGCCACCACGUCUGUAGGUCCCACUCCAGCCUGCUCGCUUCCUGCCAAGCACCGGGCACUGCAGAGACUGACCCGGGGGUGCCCGGCCCUGCUCCUGCCACACGCUUCCUGCCCAGUGCCCACGUGGCCACCCAUGGCACCUGAGAUGGACCAGUUCUACAGGUCCACCAUGGCCAUCUACAAGAGCAUCAUGGAGCAGUUCAACCCUGCCCUAGAGAACCUGGUGUAUCUGGGAAACAACUAUCUCCGGGCCUUCCAUGCUCUGUCAGAGGCGGCCGAGGUGUACUUCAGUGCUAUCCAGAAAAUAGGGGAGCAGGCCCUGCAGAGCUCCACCUCGCAGAUCCUGGGCGAGAUGUUGGUGCAGAUGUCAGACACUCAGCGGCACCUGAACUCAGACCUGGAGGUGGUGGUGCAGACGUUCCACGGAGACCUGCUGCAGCACAUGGAGAAGAACACCAAGCUGGACGUGCAGUUCCUCAAAGACAGCCGGCAGCACUACGAGAUCGAGUAUCGCCAUCGCGCUGCCAACCUGGAGCAGUGCAGGUCCGAGCUGUGGCGCAUGGAGCGCAAGAGGGACAAGAACACGCGGGAGAUGAAGGAGAGCGUGAACCGGCUGCACGCGCAGAUGCAGGCCUUCGUGUCUGAGAGCCAGCGCGCUGCCGAGCUGGAGGAGAAGCGGCGCUACCGCUUCCUGGCCGAGAAGCACCUGCUGCUGUCCAGCACCCUCUUGAAGUUCUUCGGCCGGGUGAGUAGAGCUGGGCGUGGCCAGCCGCGCCCUCCUGAGCUGGCUCCACCCAGGCGUCGCCCUUCUUCCCCUACUUGUGUAGGAAUUGAUUUUCCUCUGUCACCCAGUUUAUUGGUUUCUGUGUUUAUUCACAUCGCCAUCCUUGUACUUCCACGGGCAUUCACUAAGGCACGCGCGCCCCGUGGACCACGGCUUUUUAUUCCCGAGCACAUGUGCUCGCCACUCACGAACUCAUCUGUUGGUGGAUUUGUUGUUAUUGUUCAUCCAUUUUAUGGCAUCAUUUACUCGCACUCCGACGGCGCCAACCACACGCUGCUGCGCUUCUCGGCCGGGGACGUCCUGGAGGUGCUGGUGCCCCAGGCCCAGAACGGCUGGCUCUAUGGCAAGCUGGAGGGCUCGUCCGCGAGUGGCUGGUUCCCCGAGGCCUAUGUGAAACCAUUGGAGGAGGCACCCAUGACCCCCUUGAGCCCCAUGACUGCCAUGGACCCCAUGAGCCCCGUGCACGAGCUGUCUUCCAGGUCCUACCCGCUCCGGGGCAGCCACAGCCUUGAUGACCUCCUGGACCGACCGGGCAACUCCACCACAUCCCCGGAAUACUGGGACAGCCAGUCCCGCUCCCGAACACCGAGCCGGGUCCCGAGCCGCACCCCCAGCCCCGCACCCUCGCCCUUGCCCGGUAGCUGUCGCAGCAGCAUGGGUGCAGCUGGUGACGUCGAGAAACUCCUGGCCUGGGAGCAGCACCCCCCGGAGCUCUUCCCUCGGGGCACAAAUCCCUUUGCCACUGUGAAGCUUCGUCCCACCGUCACCAACGACCGCUCGGCACCCCUCAUCCACUGAGGUCCUUCCUCCGUCCGGUUCUGAGGUGGAACCGCACACCCGCCCGGGGCUGUUCAGAGCCGGCAGCGGUGGCGGUAGCAGCAGUGGCUCCGAGAUGCCUAGGCCCUGGUACCCGGUGGCUGUCCUUCCUGGGCCACUGCCAGCCUGAGCAGCUCUCUGGGCACUGACUUGCGGUCUGGGGUCUCCGAAAAUACAGCAGGCGGAAUCGGGAAAAAAGCAGUUGCUUCCCACCGGAGAAUGCCCUCUUCUCCCCCUUAUCUGCCCCGGUGGAGGGGAGCCCCUUGCGCCACACCCGUGCCCACAGAGGUCCCCACCUAAUUUUUGUAAAUGAUGAACAAUAAAGGACAAGGACUUAACAGCCAGAAUGGUAGGGUCCAGUUUGGGAGACAAGGAAGGAGGUCAGGAAUGAGGACCCCUGAUGGGGAACGGGGUCUAAACAUUCCAAAGGUCAUGGUCACCCCUAGUCUGUCUCACUCCUAGUCCCUCAUUUUGAGUAACAUUUUAGGGCUCCCCUCCCUUUUCAGUCUCUGCCCCAACCCCAGGAA